AUGGAGUCGUCUACAGUGAACCUGUACAACCAGUUCCAGAGUCUCAGGGCUCAGGUGGACGGCCUGAAUGAGGGCAUUGAACCACAGUUCCUAAAGAUGGCAAUGAACUUUGAGGAUUGCCGUAAGAAGUGGCUGCGGGCGGGCGACGAGCUGGUUUCCUGUCAAGAAAUAUUGGCAAAAGCGGAGACUGAGAGGGGAGCGCUGGAGGUCAAACUAAAGCACGCUCGCAACCAGGUGGACGUGGAGAUCCGCCGGCGGCAGAAGGCUGAGACACUCUAUGAGAAGCUGGAACGUCAGCUGCAGUUGAUCAGGGAGCUGCUAAUAUCAGACAACGGUAACAGUGUCCUCCUGAGCGAGGAGCAGCGCUCUGCCCUGGCCUUUCUCAGCGCUCACUCCCAGGCAUCACAGGCUGCUAAAGGGAACCUCAACUCCAGCCGAAGGUUAACUAAGAUCGAUGAAUCGGCUUCUUUGCUAUCGGACAUUAGCUACGACCAAACGGAUGACUCUCUGGACUGGGACUCCUCUGUGAUGAAGACUGUGAGACUGCAGAAACGGCAGAAGCGACGUUCCUCCAGAAAACUCGCCGAAGUUCCUCCACAGGCUUUGAAGAAACGUCGCUCCACUGGACGCACGCCAGAAAGAAUGAAUGAGUCUAUUGUGGCCAAAACUACCAUCACUGUGCCUGGUGGCACUGUUGAGACUGUCUCCACCAUCGAAACUGUGCCGUACUGGACACGCAGCAGAAAGAAAAGUGCGUGGGCUGAUACAACCACUACUGACCAAUCUGAGACCGCCAGCGAGGCCCCCAGCACAACUGUGUCAGAUUUCCCAGCAUCACUCCAAACCCCGAAAUCUAAAGGAGGAAAGAAGCACCAGUUCAUCCCUAAAACAGUGAUCAGGUCUGAAUUCUGUGCGCCCUGUGGAAGAAGAACAAAGUUUGGAAAGAUUUACCUUCGCUGUCAGGAUUGCAGGGUUGUGACUCAUCCAGAAUGUCGUGACCGCUGUCCCCUGCCCUGUAACCCCACAUCUGUUAGCACUCCCAUCUAUAACACAGAGUCCACCCUGGCUGACUUUGCUCCAGCCACAUCCCCAAAGAUCCCAGCUUUGGUUAUCUACUGCAUUAAGGAGAUUGAACACAGAGGCCUACAUGAGGUUGGCCUGUAUAGACUCUCUGGCAACGAGCGCUUGGUGAAAGAGCUGAAAGAGAAGCUGAUUAGAGGAAAGACUCUGCCUCGGCUUAACAAAGUAGAAGACAUCAACAUUAUUACAGGUGUCCUCAAAGACUUCCUCAGAAACCUCCCUGAGCCACUGCUCACCUGCCACCUCAACAAAACCUUCAUGGAAGCAGCAGAAAUCCAGGAUGAUGACAACAGUCUGGCCAUGUUGUACCACACGAUAAGUGAGCUGCCUCAACCCAACCGAGACACUCUGGCCUGCAUGAUGAUUCACCUGCAAAAGGUGUCACAGUAUGUGGAUAACAAAAUGGAUGUGCGCAACCUGGCCAGGGUCUUUGGCCCAACCCUUGUGGGUCAUGCUGUUCCCAACCCAGACCCCAUGACCAUCCUGAAUGACACAAGUAGACAACCAAAGGUGAUAGAGCGUUUGCUCAGUAUUCCAGAAAGCUACUGGAGCCAGUUUGCCUUCCCAGAUAAUACAGCCAUGGACAGCAAUCACCAGUUUGAAACUCCAGACCACCAAGUGAGCAUAUUGGGACCAGUGACGACUCCAGAGCACCAGAUGAUGGUUAAAACACCCUCCUCUAGCUCGCUGUCCCAGCGCAUGAUGCAGACCCUCUCCAGCACCUCCUUAUUUGGGAGCAAGGGCAGAUCAACAGCUGCCUGUAACCGUCAGGGGAACUUCUUCUCUUCUCCACAGCUCAAGUAAUGUAAAGUGU